AACCGGCUUGCUAGCCAGCCGGCGAUAAGAAACAGAUCAGGAAGAAAAGCAUGAAAAUGAACCACCCAUCGGCCGGAAGCAAUGGCGAUAGCGGGAGGCUGUCGACGGAAGGCGAGGAACAGAUGGCGGGGUUUGAAGCUCGGGAAGAAGAGAUCGAGAGGAGGAAGAUGGAGGUCCGGCAGAAGGUUGAGCUCCAGUUGGGCCGCGCCGAGCAAGAGUCCAGGCGCUUAGCCCAAAUUUGGGAAGAGCUUCAAGUAUUGGGAGAUCCCACCAGGAAAGAAGCUGCAAUAGUUCGGAAGAGGAUAGACACGGCUAACAGAGACCUAAGAUCACUUGGCCACACCUGCCAAAGGAAGGAGAAGGAAUACAAAGAAGCAUUGGAAGCUUUCCACGAAAAAAGCACUGAAAAAGCUCAACUCACGGCCACAUUAAUGGAGCUGGUGGAUGAAAGUAAGAAAUUGAGGAUGGAGAAACUGGAGGAGAUCAGCAAGAUUAUUGAUCCAACUCAUUGAGCUUUGUUACCGUAUAUAAAAUUGUAUAAUUUAAGUUGUACAAGGGAUUAUGGCCCCUCCACAUGAGUUGUUUUACAAAUAGUCAAAUAAAGAAAAUAAAAACAUGGAAAUUGUAACCAAGAAGACCCAAUAUUUUGUUUGGGUCUGCUCUGGGUUCAAUUGUUUAUGAUUUGAAAAUAUUAAAAAUUUCGGCAAACACCAAUGCUUUGAAUACUAUUUUUGUUGUCGUACAAAAACUGAAUUUUUAAAAUCCAAAAAAAAAAAAACUAAUAUAAAUAUUUCAGAUAGAUUAAUAAGCAAUAGAAGUGGAAGCAUACUAAGUAUUAUGAACACUUCAAGGAAGGAGCUAUUAUAUAGCAUGUGCUACACGUUAAGAGGUCACUUAGAAUGGUAUGCAACCAAAUAGAUUUAACAAGCAACGAACGAUAGUCAAUUGUCUGUGAAGGUGUUGUGUGGUUAUGCAAAGGUUGGAUGGGCAUUGGCUAGUGAGUAAUAAUGCCAUAGGCUUCAUGUCGAGGUGGCAUGUGUUUAGACCAAUUAUGCAGGUGAAGUCUAGUCACAUACAAGAGAUACAUUAACUCUCUAUUUACUAGUUUAA